AUGUCUCGCAUCCUUGCUAUGCCAUGGAACUUUCCUCCAGGACAAAACAAUGAUCACAGACUUGUAAGCAUCAUUGACUUAGAAAAAGGAACAAAUUGGUCAACAAUUUCUAAAUACUUCAAGAAUUACAGAAUUGAAAGAACUUUCUUCUUUGGCAAUCAAGGAUUAGUUCAAUUCACAACUGCAGCAGAAGCUCAAAGAUUUGUUAGUGACAAAAAGUACUACAUUCCAGAAAUCCGCGCAACAGCUACAAUUUCUCCAAUUCCUUCCAUUGUUUCUCCAACACCUUCUCAGAAGAAAAUGGUAAGAUCGCAAGUUAUUUGCAUACAAGUCAUCCGUUUACGCUGUUACUUAGGAAUUCACGACAUUUACGAUGAAUGCUCUCAUUUUGGAGUUGUUCAAAAGAUUAUCUGCUUCGAAAAGAAAGGAAAAUAUGCUCUUUUACAGAUGGAAAACGUAGAUCAAGCUGCUCUUGUUCUCGCAAACCUUUCCAUUCCAAACAGAUACGCUCCAUCUUUUGAAUUACGUGUCCAAUACUCAAAGAAUACAAAUAUUGUUAUACAGUACAACAAUUCAAAGAGUUUCGACUUCACUGUUCCAGGAGCUCUUGAUGAAUUCGAGCUUUUAAGAGAAGGAUUAACAAAUGAAGUUCCAUACUUUGAGCCAGAGUCCUGCAACGAGAUCCCAAGAUCAUUUGACUUUGUUAGACCAGUACAGUUCGAUCCUGCCUAUGGAAAUUCAUUGACAGUUACCGGAUUACCAGCAAAUCAGGCAACUUUCGCUAGAAACAUCUUCCAACAGUACGGAGCUGUUCUCAAAGUCAAAGUGAUGACAAAACAGAACGAAGUAUUGACAUAUGUUCAGAUGAGAAAUGCUUUCUAUGCAAGACUCGCAAUGACAAAUAUAAAUGGAAUGGUUUUUAACGGUAAAAAAGUGACAGUAUAA